CUGAUCCCUGGUCUCCACACACUGAGCUGAGCAGGCCAAGAUGAUCAGGAAGCGCUACUUUCUGAAAGAGCCUGAGGUUAAAGACUAUUUAAUCAAAGGAGAGAGAUUCACCAAAUGGAAAGAGGACUCCUCCCGCACGUCACACGUCACCAUGAAGAUGGACCCAAAAGGAUUCUACCUGUUCUGGAUCAAUCAGAGCAAAGAACUGGAAAUCCUGGACGUUGCGAACAUUAGAGACACGAGGACAGGGAAAUACGCCAAACUGCCCAAACAACCAAAAGUGCGUAAUGUGUUCAACAUGGACUUUCCUGACAGUAAUCAUUUAGCUAAAGCUUUCACCAUCGUUUCCGGCCUCGACAUGGUCAAUCUCACCUACCACAACUUCUUUGCUGCCAAAGAUAAAGUGGUUCAGAACUGGGCUGAUGACAUCCUGGCCAUCGCCUACAAUGCUCAAAGAGCCAACGUCUGCAGACAGAUCUUUUUGGACAAGCUGUAUGUUCGGCUCUCGCUGCACACCCAUAAAGAUGGAAAGAUCCCGGUUAAACUUAUCUAUAAGAUGUUUCCAGCAGAUAAGAAAAGGGUGGAGAGUGCGCUGGCGGCUGCACACCUCCCCAAGGGAAAGUUUGAUCACAUGAAGCCUGAUGUUUUCACUGAAGCUUCGUUCAAGACCUUCCUGAUAAACCUGUGCCCACGCCCAGAGAUCUAUGAAAUCUUCACCUCCUACUCGACUAAACCCUACAUGACGAAGGAGAAUUUCACCAAGUUCCUGCAUGAGAAGCAGCGAGACUCUCGGCUGAACGAUGAGCUUUACCCUCCUCUGAGAUCUGAGCAGGUGAAAGCUCUGAUAGAGAAGUACGAGACUUCCUCCAACGCUAACCGCAGUCAGAUAUCCCCCGAGGGUCUGCUCUACUUCCUAAUGGGACCCGAGACAUCACCUGUGGUUUUAGAUAAACUGGCCCAGUGUCACGACAUGACCCAGCCAGUCCCUCACUACUUCGUCAAAUCCUCCCACAACACCUAUCUCACUGCUGGGCAGUUUUCCGGCGUGUCCUCUCCGGAGAUGUACCGGCAGUGUUUGCUGGCAGGCUGCCGCUGUCUGGAGCUGGAUUGCUGGAAGGGCAAACCGCCGGAGGAGGAGCCAAUCAUCACCCACGGCUUCACCAUGACAACCGAGAUCCUGUUCAAGGAUGUGAUUGAAGCUAUAGCCGAAAGUGCUUUCAAAACCUCCAAAUAUCCCAUAAUUCUCUCCUUCGAGAACCACGUGGACUCAGUGAAGCAGCAGGAGAAGAUGGCCAACUACUGCAAGACCAUAUUUGGAGAUGCUCUUCUCACUGAACCCUUGGAGAAGUAUCCUUUGAAGCCAGGUCAGCAGAUCCCCAGUCCUGCAGAGCUGAUGGGUAAAAUCCUGAUAAAGAAUAAAAAGAACAGUGAGCCUCAGGCUAAAGCAGCUCAAUCUAAUACAAAGAAAGCAGCAGGUCAAGAUCAGCAGCAAACAGCCUCCAGCUCAUCUGAUCCAAACCAAACUACCCCUCCAAACCCGGACAACCAGGGGGAGAACACAGCACAGCCAGCACCCGCCCCCACUACAGGGGAGGUGGCUGAGGAGCAGGAGGAGCAAGAGCCGGAGGAGGAGCAGGAUGAGGAGAAGAUGAAGAACUCAGAUGAGGGUACAGCUGGACAGGAAGUAACAGCGUAUGAGGCGAUGUCCUCACUGGUCAACUACAUCCAGCCCAACAAAUUCAUCUCCUUUGAGAACGCUAAAAAAAAGAACAAGAGUUACGUGAUUUCCUCCUUUGUGGAAACCAAGGGUGAGAGUCUGAUCAGCAAGACGGCUGUGGAGUUUGUUGAAUAUAACAAGCGUCAGAUGAGCCGUAUUUACCCUAAAGGAACUCGAAUGGACUCCUCCAACUACAACCCUCAGCCUUUCUGGAACGCAGGCUGCCAGAUGGUGGCACUAAACUACCAGACUUUGGAUUUCCCUAUGCAGCUGAAUCUGGCUAUGUUUGAGUAUAACGGGAGGACGGGGUAUCUUCUCAAACACGACCUGCUGCGGAGAAACGACAAGAAGUUUGACCCCUUCUCAGACAGGAUCGACACCAUUGUGGCCAAUACUCUCACAAUUAAGAUCUACUCAGGUCAGUUUCUGGCUGAUAAAAAUGUAAAAACGCUGGUGGAGGUGGAGAUCAUCGGCUUGCCUGGAGACCCAAAGCGCAAAUACCGCACAAAGCCGUCCCCGGUGCCCAACGCCAUCAACCCUGUGUGGAACGAGGAGCCGUUUGUGUUUGAGAAGAUUCUGUGCCCAGAUAUGGCCUCUCUCAGGAUAGUGGCUUUUGAGGAAGGAGGGAAAUUCAUUGGUCACAGAAUCAUCCCUAUAGAUGCCAUUCAGUCAGGAUUUCAUCAUAUUUGUUUGAGGAGUGAGUGUAACAUCCCUCUAACUAUGCCUGCGUUAUUCGUCUACAUCGAGGUGAAGGACUACAUCCCUGCUGCCUUCGCUGAUUUCACAGAUGCUCUCUUUAAUCCAGUCAAAUCCACAAAGCCGGCGAAACAGGAGAGCGCUACUUACGUCAGCCCGUAUGAGCUUCCUCCUGUUCCAGCAGAUGUUUCUGCACCUGCUCCUGCUGCAGAACCUGAUGUGUCCAAGAUUCCAGCAGAGGGUGCUGCUGAUCCUCCUAAAGAAAACGGAUCAUCUCCUCCAGACUCCACUGAUACAGAUCCCCCCUCAUCCACUCCAGAGCCCACUGACCCAGAAAAUCAGAAUACAGCCGACCAGAAACCAGAGGCCCCUGAGCUCCAGCCUAACGCUGAGAAUCCUCCUGCAGAAACACCUGCAGCUCCUGUAGAGCCAGAUCCACCUGCAGAGACCAGCAGUGCUCCAGAGGAUGAGCCCACUGUGGAGGAACCAGAGGUAAAACCAGACCCUCCUCCAGUCUCAGACUCAACUCCUGACACGACUCCAGACUCUGAACUAAACUCCACAGAGCAGCAGGACUCUGGACUGGAAUCUGCAUCCGCAACUGAUUCUGGAUCAGCUACAGAAGCUGAAGAGCUUCCUGAUGCUUCCACAGUCUGUGACGGUUCAGAGCCUCCGUCCUCCGUCACCUGUGCGGAGCUGCAGGAGCACAAGAGCUUCGUGAAGGUGACCAAGAGGCAAGAGAGAGAGAUGAAGGAGCUGGAGAAGAAGUUCCAGAAGAAAGCAGAGGAGCUGAGUCAGAAAUACAGUGACCUCUUCAAAUCCAUCAAGAAGAAGACCUCGCUCAAGAAGAAAGAGGCAGGAGCUGAGAAGGCAGACGCAGGACCCAGUGCUGAGCGGGUCACUGACCUUAAACAGAAGAUGCAGGCGGAGCUGAGGGCGCUGUGGGUGGAGCAAUACGAUCAGCUGAGGAAGAAGAAGGAGCAGCACGCCACCGAGCGAGUGACCAAGCUGCUGGAGAUGGCCACAGAAAGACACUGUAGUGAAACGAAGGCACUAACCAGUGAAAGUAAAGAAGGAAAGAAGAAGGAAUCGAAGUGCAAGCUGAAAAAGGGAAUGAGCUGCGAACAGCUAGACGAGGAAAACAACACGGAGCCCACAGGCAGCAGCGGGAGUCUGGAGCUGGAGAAGAAGCUGAGGAAGAAACAGGCUGAUACUCUGGCUGAUAUCAGAGCCAAAAGCGGACAGCUGCACCAGGAGGCCAUGUCAGAUCACGCUAAGAGGAUGUGGUCUCUGCCCUGUGACCUGCGGGAGGCGGUGAACGCCUGCGUCAGUCCUCACUUCCCUGAUCAGGUGGAGAAAGGUGCGGAGAGGAGAGCGGAGCACAGCGCUCAGGGGGGACACUACGGACACGUGUUCCUCGGCUGAUAGCAGCUCUGAUUCCUCUACUUCCUCUAUUAAAACACUUCUCUAAACGUAAGACUCGAGUGCUUAAAAACAGAAGACACUGAUAUGUUUUGUGAUUCAGUCAAGCGCAAUAUAAUAUACAGCACUCUACACUAUUGUGUCAUAUUGUAUAUUUGCAUUUAAAAAUAUAUAUGUUAAGGAGAAAAUAUCAUUGCAAUUUCCUUUUGGAUGCAACUAUUUUGUUCAAAAUGAGCGUAUUUAUUAAAUAGUAAUCCUCAGUGUGUAAUACAUUUAUGUAACCAAAAAUGAUUAUUUUUUGGUAACUCUCAAAAAACCCUUUGCAACACCUUUCUUUUUUAAGAAUUUACUGAAUUUGAUGCGUUUCUGAAGCUGGUGAGGCAGAUUGUGGUCAGAACGAGACUCUGCAGGAGAAACUGGGCAUGCUGACGGUAAACUGGCACACUGGAGAGCUGCAGUGUAGGUGGUUCUAAUAUAUUUGCCAGUGAGAGUAGUGUGGUGGUCUUCAUUUCUGUAAAUAUAUCUUACUAAUGAAUAACACUGAAUUAUUUACAUUCUGUAAAAAGAACACCUGAUUUUGCUAUUUAUGUUUAUGUUUAUGUUUGGGUAAAAUUAAUAUUGUUUUAUUCUAUAAACUAAGAAAAACAUUUCUCCCAAAUUCCAAAUAAAAAUAUUGUAAUUUAGAGCAUUUAUUUAAAGAAAAUGAGAAAUUGCUAAAAUAACAAGAAGAUGCAGAGAAAACAAGUUCAUAUUCAUAAAGUUUUAAGAGUUCUGAAAUCAAUAUUUGGUGGAAUAACCCUGGUUUUUAAUGACUGUUUUCAUGCAUCUUGGCAUCAUGUUCUCCUCCACCAGUCUUACACACUGCUUUUUUAAAUUUCUUUCUAAUUUCAUCACAUUUUCUCCCCAAUUGACACGUUCAGUUACCCAGCCCACUCAUUAGGACUCCCCCUAUCACUAGUGAUGCCCCCCAACACACCAGGAGGGUGAAGACUAACUAGCACACGCCUCCUCCGAUACAUGUGAAGUCAGACUCCGCCUCUUUUUGAGCUGCUGCUGAUGCUGUAGCAUUGCUGAGUAGCAUCACAGCGCUAACGCUCGGAGGAAAAGCAGCGCAGCGACUUGGUUUUGAUACAUCAGCUCACAGACGCAGCCUUGUGCUGAUCCACAUCACCCUAGGAGUGAUGAGGGGAAAGAGAGAGAGUGCCAUCUACUGUACUGUACUCACCCAGAGAGAGCAAGUACAAUUGUGCUCUCUCAGCACUCCAGCACCUGAUGGCAAGAUGCAUGAAUGGGAUUCGAACCAGCGAUCUCCCAAUCAUUGGUGGUUUAAGGUUGAUUAAUGUUCAAUUUAGGAUUAAGUUGCAUUUAUAUUAGACAUUCAGUUGAUUGUUAGGUUAGCAUCUACAAUGAGGCAUCUACAAUGCACCAUCCAAAUAAAGGGGGAUGGUUUAUAAUAAAACCUAAACAUAUUAGUCUUUAUAUAUUUAGCUAUAGCUCCCUUUGGUUUUAUCUUUUAUCUUUUUUUUUGUGAAAUGUAAAAAAAAAGACUCAAAUUUUCAGCUGAACAACUCUGUAUAUCAUAUUUUCAGUUACUCAAGUUUGGAAAUAAAGUUUUUGGAA